AGAUUAUGAAAACACCUCCUCAGCUUUCCUUGGGUGACUACUGGUACUCACUUGUGCAUAAGGCUGAAGUCUCCAUUCCUUAAUCCUUACUAUCUCCCAAUUUUAUGGCUUAUAUCUCUUACAAUUCAGUGAGUGAGACAUCGCCUGAGGACACACCUGUUGCACAAAAAGGGCUCACUGCACGCCAUCACACCCAAGUCUCGUACCCUCAUCUUCAUAACCUGCCCAAUCCCAGUGAGUGUGAGAGGUAAGUCUGCAGCAGGGCCCGGAAAACUUGUUUCUUUUUCUUUUAAAUAAGUUUUCUCGCGAAUUCGAAUGCAGGUCCUCGUCCUGCCAUACCGCAAAGGACUCUGCUCGUCACCACGCCCCCGCGCCUUCUGUUAGGAGCAGCAAACCCCAGGUGUCGCGAGGGUUUCUUCUUUCUUCAAGAUCAGCCACAGGUCGCGCGAGAGGGAUGUGUCCAAUCACGAGGCUAGAUGGCUUCACAAGAUGGCGGCGCGCUGGGAGGGUAUCAUCUGCGUUUCUAGGAGCUUCGCUGUGCGGCUGCUUUAAGAUUCUAGGGUUGUACAGGCCCACGCCAGACACGACGUCUGGCAGGAACCUCGGCCUCAGAGAUGGCUCUGAGUAAAUCAAUGCAUGCAAGAAAUAGAUACAAGGACAAACCUCCUGACUUUGCAUAUCUGGCAUCCAAAUAUCCAGAUUUUAAGCAGCAUGUUCAGAUAAAUCUGAAUGGAAGAGUGAGCCUUAAUUUUAAAGACCCCGAAGCAGUCAGAGCUCUGACUUGUACUCUCCUAAGGGAAGAUUUUGGACUUUCUAUUGAUAUUCCAUUGGAGAGACUAAUUCCCACAGUUCCCUUGAGACUCAACUAUAUUCACUGGGUAGAAGACCUGAUCGGUCACCAGGAUUCUGACAAAAGUACUCUCCGAAGAGGAAUUGACAUAGGCACGGGGGCAUCUUGCAUCUACCCCUUACUUGGAGCAACCUUGAAUGGCUGGUAUUUCCUCGCAACGGAAGUGGAUGAUAUGUGUUUCAACUAUGCAAAGAAAAAUGUGGAACAGAAUAACUUAUCUGAUCUCAUAAAAGUGGUGAAAGUGCCACAGAAGACACUCCUGAUGGAUGCUCUUAAAGAAGAAUCUGAGAUAAUCUAUGACUUUUGCAUGUGCAACCCUCCCUUUUUUGCCAAUCAGUUGGAAGCCAAGGGAGUAAACUCACGAAAUCCUCGAAGACCUCCGCCUAGUUCUGUUAAUACAGGAGGUAUCACAGAGAUCAUGGCAGAAGGAGGUGAAUUAGAGUUUGUUAAAAGGAUCAUCCAUGACAGUCUACAACUUAAAAAAAGAUUAAGAUGGUAUAGCUGCAUGCUGGGAAAGAAAUGCAGCCUGGCGCCUCUGAAGGAGGAGCUUCGCAUACAAGGGGUUCCCAAAGUAACGUACACUGAAUUCUGUCAAGGUCGGACAAUGAGAUGGGCCUUAGCUUGGAGUUUUUAUGAUGAUGUCACAGUACCAUCACCACCAAGUAAGCGAAGAAAAUUAGAGAAACCGAGGAAACCCAUUACAUUCGUGGUGCUGGCGUCCGUGAUGAAGGAAUUAUCCCUCAAAGCAUCACCUCUGCGCUCGGAGACGGCGGAAGGCAUAGUCGUUGUCACGACAUGGAUUGAAAAAAUUCUCACUGAUUUGAAGGUCCAGCAUAAACGAGUUCCCUGUGGAAAAGAGGAAGUCAGCCUUUUCCUAACGGCCAUAGAAAACUCCUGGAUUCAUUUAAGGAGAAAGAAAAGAGAGCGUGUGAGACAGCUGAGAGAAGUUCCCCGAGCUCCUGAGGACGUCAUUCAGGCCUUGGAAGAGAAAAAGGCCACCCCCAAAGAGUCUGGCAAUAGCCAAGAACUGGCCAGGGGCCCCCAGGAGAGGACCCCCUGUGGGCCUGCUCUGCGGGAAGGCGAGGCUGCCGCUGUGGAGGGCCCGUGCCCGAGCCAGGAGUCCCUGUCCCAGGAGGAAAACCCGGAACCCACGGAGGAUGAAAGGAGUGAGGAAAAGGGAGGGGUGGAGGUUUUGGAAAGUUGUCAAGGCUCUAGCAACGGAGCCCAGGACCAAGAGGCUUCUGAGCAGUUCGGCAGCCCAGUGGCUGAAAGGGGGAAACGUCUCCCAGGAGUGGCCGGACAGUACCUGUUUAAGUGUUUGAUAAACGUUAAGAAGGAGGUGGACGAUGCCUUAGUGGAGAUGCACUGGGUUGAGGGCCAGAACAGGGAUCUGAUGAACCAGCUUUGCACCUACAUACGUAACCAAAUUUUCAGGCUUGUUGCAGUUAACUAGAAACCUCCUGCACAGUUGGAAACGUGUUGAUAGUAACUUGCUUUGGAGUGGCCUGUGGGGUGGCAAGAGGAAUCCUACCAGCGGCCCAUUAGUAGCACGAUGUGGAAUUAUCUUCGAAAACAAAAACCUAUGAAUCUGUCCCCCACCUCCCCCUGCCUCCUUCCCGCUUUUUGAGUUACAGGGAGUCGUAGUGUGGUCAUUUACAAGGAGGAAUUGUGGUCAUCAGUAACAACAGAAAGCCCUCAGUAAACUCCCGAGGGAUUGCAAGCUGGCUCAAGCUGGCCCCUCAGCUCUGGACUGCUUCUGCAAGGUCAGAAGGGUUGUUUGUGGAGUCUGGGCUGGGCAGCACUGCCUAGAAUAUCAUGCUGUCUCUGUCACCCAAGGGUGUUUCUUGAGGAGGGGUGGCUCUCUCUGCCUCCAGCUGGAGGCCCUGGUACCCUGUUCUAGGUCACUCUUCAAGAUGGGGCCUACCUUGCGUCAAUCCCACAAAGGGAGCCGUAUGGUGGGUGGUGGGGAAUCUGGGAGAGAAACCUUAGUAAUGCUGGGAAGGAGCAGCAGAGUCUGGGGACCACCCGGUAAAUGGCACAUUCGUGACACCUGGCUGUUUUGGUGUUGCUUAUUUCAGAAGCAGAAUUAGGUAAGCAAAACUCCCCGGUGUGACUGAGGCACACAGAAGGCACCCAUACCCCCACCUCCAGCCUGUUGACAGUACCAUUUUGUAGCAGUUUUACUACUGUAUGAUUUUUGUUUGGACAUCUGAAGUAGAGCUUGUUUUGUUUUUAAAUAAGAAUAUUCACAAAUUAAAAACCAGCGGUCCUAUUUGAAUCCUGGGGUUAGCUGAGUGAGCGGCUGAUGAUAGAAAUGAGAAAUAGAACAAAAUAGUAUGUGCCGUAGGUAGCUUAAGAAAGUCUCAGAUAUUUUGUUGCUGAUCAAAUACUGUUUUUUUGUGGCUUCACUUGUAAUCCCUCCUGUACUUACCUACUCACAUUGGAGAGUUCUGAGGCCGGAGUAACCGUGUCCUUAAAACACGUUUCUAAUUGGAAUGCCAGGGUUCAGUAGCCGUCCCCCCGGAAAGGGGUGACCUUUUGCUGUGCUUGAUGUUGCAUCAGCAGCCUAGGGUUCUGUUUAGACUAAAAUCUUUGCCAGAGCUCCUUGCCAUCUGCUAAGAAGACUGGGGCUGAGUAGUUAAGCCAGCCUUCUGAGAGGUGGCUGUUGGUCAGGACGGGAAGCUGGUGACCUUGGCAUGUCUUGGCAGCAGCUAGAUCGGGCCCUCGGCAGAGACACAGGAAGCCCAACUGCUGUGCCUUAACUUGGCUGUGGAGCUGGAGCUGGAGAAGGCAGCAUACUGACCAGUGGCUUUUUGAUUGAUUGUUUGUUAUGAGAUGGAGUUUCACUCUUGUUGUCUAGGCUGGAGUGCCGUGGUGCGAUCUCAGCUCACUGCCACCCCCGCCUCCCGGGUUCAAGCGAUUCUCCUGCCUCAGCCUCCCAAGUAGCUGGGAUUACAGGCGCGUGCCACCACACCUGGCUAAUUUUGUGUUGUUGGUAGAGAUGGGAUUUCACCAUGUUGGCCAGGCUAAUCUCGAACUCAUGAUCUCGGGUGAUCCGUCCACCUUGGCCUCCCAAAGUGCUGGGAUUACAGCCGUGAGCCACUACUCCCAACCUCUGACCAGUGUUCUUAACCUCUGACCGUGGACCUCCAGAGAGUCCAUAUACCUCCUAGAGUUACUUCUAAAAGCUCUGUGAGCAUGUGUGUGUGUGUGUUUUUUUUUUUUUUCCUGGAGAGAGGGUUCCCAGAACCCUCAGACACAGACAAAGGGGUCAAUAACCCACUAAGGAUUAAGAAUCAUUAUUCUAGUCCAAGCAUUCAUGUGUCAGGCUGCAAAAAACAAUACCCAGGGUCACACAGAGCCAAGACUCAGUUCAGGACCGUGGAUUCCCCUGGUCUAGAAAUUUUCUGCUGUGCCAGCCCACACCACCCCACUGUCCUUACCUCGAGUGAAUAUCACAUUUGAGUCAUUUGCUGGACCCAAACCUAAAAUUGGUAUAAUUUUAGGAUAAUUGUUUAAGUGGCAACUAUUCAUUCAGUAAGUAGUAAGUACUUAUUGUUUGCUUGUUUCAUUAUGAAAGAGUGGCACAUGCUCAUUAAAGAUUUGGAAAAAUGAAAGUCAAAACAACAAAAUCACCCCGAGUCCCAACCUUCUGUAACAUAACCACUCUUGGCAUUGGCGCGUUCCUUUCUAGUCUCUCUGUAGAUGGGGUGUGUGAGUGUGUGGGUUUAACUUUGGUUGUCCUCAUGCUGCGUAUUCAGUUUUGUAUUCUGGUCCUUUGUUCAUUUAACAUCUUACAAGUAUUUGUCCAUGUUGUAACAGUAGUGUAUUGGCUUACACUCCUUGCCUGUUGAAAAUGUCUUUCAGGCACAGCACCGGCCUUUAAGCCUGUGUCGCAGGGAUUUCCAGAGAUGCUCUGUGUAUUGAAGCACAGAAGGUGUUUCUGUGUCUCAGUGUGUUUCUGUCCCUAGGUUUAAGGCUUCAUGUCAUGGAGGAGAUUUUAUAGAUGUCAAGCUAAUGACCUUAGAGUUUUAAAAAAUCCGUGACCGUGGCCAGGCGCAGUGGCUCACGCCUGUAAUCCCAGCACUGUGAGGCUGAGAUGGGCGCAUCGCAUGAGGUCGGGAGUUUGAGACCAGCCUGGCCAACAUGGCGAAACCCCGUCUCUACUCAAAAUACAAAAAUUAGCUGGGCAUGAUAGCACAUGCCUGUAAUCCCAGCUACUCGGGAGGCUGAGUCAGGAGACUCGCUUGAACCUGGGAGGUGGAGGUUGCAGUGAGCUGAGAAUGCCACUGCACUACAGCCUGGGCGACAAAGUGGGACUAUCUCAAAAAAAAAAAAAAAAAAAAGGAACCCGUGAGCCGGCCAGCUUUCAGUCUGGAGCCGAGUGCCUUCUGUGCAUUUGGAUGUUUCCAUUUCCUUCCCUGAGAAGAUUUUCUUAGGCUACCUAGUGAGAGAACAUUGAAAAUAUUUUUAAAGGACAUCUAAGCAUUGUUUUGGUCAUGCAUAUGCUUUAUAAUUGUGUGUUGUUUCAUAGCAUAUACCUCUGGUGCAGGUGGGCAAGUUUUGCUUUGAAGAAAUGGGUUAUUGACUCAUCUGUCAUCAUCUUGAGUGUUACUCUCCCGGUGUCCGGAGGCCACAUUCAUGUUGUUGGGUUGGUAUGAAAUUAAAUCUUUGUGGUGUGACCCUAAAUUCUCUUCUGGUCCCUAGAAUCGGCUUCUGGUCUCCUGAUAACUGAAGUGGAGACAGAAGUUGAGCCUGUUUUCCAGGCAAACUAAAGCUGCUUUUGUUCUUCGGAAUCUGCUUUGCCUCCGUCAGCCUGGUUCCUUCCCCACACAUGCUGGCCGCACUGUCCCCACUCCAGACCUCUGCUGCGUGUCCUGGGCAGGGCCGCGGCUCGGCAGUACCCUUUCAACUCAUCCCAAGCUUCGUGUGUAGAUUACUUUAGUAUAUAUUUUUUAUAAAACAUAAAGCCUUUCCUCUCGAUGGAAAUCAAAGCUUACCAUGUGAGCACUCGAACUUCUAAGUUCUGACAGGAAUAACAAAACUGCAAGGAGUGGAAAAGAUGGAAAAGCCUGUGGGAAAUCUGAGGCCUUUUGAAAGAAGGGAGCUGAUGACUUCACGACCAGCUCCUGGAGCCCCUCCUUUCUGCUGAAGCCGCGGCAUUUCCCUCUGUGGCCACACGAGGGCACCCUUGGCCCUUUUAUCAAAGCGCCUUCACUUCCCCGUGGGAAUGGAGACAAGUCUGUCCACGGUGUUUUCUUGAAAUACCCAGUUGCUACCCAGAUUUGUAUUUUUAUGUAAACAAAUACAUUUUCACAGAAAUAAAAUUUGAAAAAUAAAAGUAGAAAGAGAAACACUA